AAGGACAAUUAUGCAAGGUUUAGAGGAUACAGUGGUCAUCAUAACCUCUGUAUUUGUCUUUAUCUAUUCCUCUGUGUAUGUUUAUUAUUGGCAGAAACAAGAACUUAUCUCUUUUUGAUUCUACAUAAUUUAUCUGCAAUAAAAUGGCCCCAAUUAACGCCGGCAAUGCGACGAAAAAGGAAAUGGCCCUGUUCUUCAACACUCUGAGCUGCUUGGUGAAGAAUUUGGAAAAACAGUAUAUUCUUGUGGAUCUCAGAAACGAACUGAGUUUAUACGGGAAAGUAAUCAAUGUGGAUGCCUAUAUGAACAUGGAAAUGGAAGAUGUAACACUGUACGACACGAGAGGGCAGGAGAAGGCAUUAUCAAACUUCUACAUUACCGCUAGAUGUAUAAGGUAUGUGCAUAUGCCUGAAAGGGCAGAUGCAAUGGCUCUCUUAACAAGCCAGUUAAGUUCGAUGACUUCGACGAAAAAAGACAAACAAAAACGGGUUUAUAAAACAUCACGAGCUUUAAGGAAUCAUGCAGACACUUUAAAGGAUGCAUACACCGCAAGCAAGCAGCUAACAUGAAGUAUAAUGAUUAAUUUCCUUGGCUAAAAAAACCACCAAAACUAUAAGAAAUGUAUUUAAUGCUAUUUACUAAAUAAAUAUAUUUUGAGUGAUUACGAGAUAAACACA